UACACCAGCUGUUGUAAUCAACUUUAGGCUGGAGAGACAGACAGUGGGAUAGCUCAAUCAUAUGGUUUGCCUAUCAGCUCAAGUCAACGUGAAAUGCCAAGAAAAACCCCACACGUUAGCCUUAUAUUAAUCCGAAUCUGUAAAAGGCAUUGGAUUCCCAGACAGCUUUAACAAGAAAUCACCUUGUUUUCAAACCAAGUCAUGAUUAAGUAGUCAAAUUGUCCAUCAUAAAUAUGAAGCUCUCCUUCUUCAUUUUCAUUAAGAUCACCAGCCCCAAGAUGAAGAGAAUCGAAGUUUCAGCCCAUCUGAUCAUUGCAUUUCUCCUUCUUACAACUUCACAAUCUCAGUUCUCAAUGGCCAUAAGGAUUGGUCAAGCCAUGGAAACAGUUGGUGAUGACAUAAAGAUGAUCACAACUGCAAAACCAAAACCAAAUUCUGCCAACAGGCUCUUGUUAGCUACUUGGGAGCCUGGAACACAGUUCAAAGGUAGCGUGAGAAAAGCUCCAUCUGCCCCAAAUCCCAUUGGAAACAAGCAUCCACCAUCCAAGCCAUGAAAAUCAAGGAAAAAAAAAAGCAAGGGUUUCUCAUGUGCUGCAACUAAAAAAGAUUGAGCUGUGAUUUGUUUUCUCCUGUUUGUUGAGUUCAAUCAAAAGUUUUGCAUCUGUAAUAUUAUUCAGUGCUUCCUAUUUGUAAGAAGGGCUUCAUUAUUUCAGGAAUUCAAUAGC